ACUCGAGAAACGGAUCCCUAAUCGCUGAACCAAAACUACAAAACGAAGUGACGAUACUGCCCUCGACCUCUCGAGGUAUCGAGUCUCGACCAACCCAUACGCACCUACCCUCCGCCACCGUUCCCCCCUCCCCAUCUCGCCCGCCGUUCUCGUCCUUGUAGAUCUCCUCGCACCUCGCCCAUUCGCUUCACCAAGGGUUUAAGACCGGCGGCGAUGGCGGCGAAGCUGGCGCAGCUGCGCACACAGGUAACGCGUGCGGCGGAGUUCGCCUCGAAGCACGGCUGCUCCUACUACAAGGAGGUAAUGGAGAAGAACAAGCAGUACGUCGUUCAGCCCCCCACCGUCGAGAAGUGCCAGGAGCUCUCCAAGCAGCUCUUUUACACCCGCCUCGCAAGCCUACCAGGUCGCUAUGAGUCAUUCUGGAAGGAGCUUGAUUGUGUCAAGCAGGUAUGGAAGAACAGGAAGGACCUCACGGUCGAGGACCUUGGCAUUGCGAGUUUAUUUGGAGUUGAGCUCUAUGCAUGGUUCUGCGUAGGCGAGAUUGUCGGCAGAGGUUUCACCUUGACCGGCUAUAAGGUCUAGAUGAUUUCCACUGGUCAAGACCUGCUUUAUAAUUGAUACUCUUAGCUGAUGCUUGUCGAAACGACGACGAUGGUACCUGCCUUGGUUCACAAUUUUGUUUCUUUGUAAGAGUUUACCUAGUGCUGAAUGCCAGCAAAGACGGGCACAUCGUUGCAACAUUGCCUCAAUAAUUUGCUCGCUCAAUUGUUGAUUUUGGUGCAUGUAAUUCUUUGUUGGUUGCAAUCCCCCGCGUGCGGACU